AACUGGCUGGUUAUCGAUAUAUUUUGUUAUAAUACCCAUCCCUAGAGAUAGAUUGUUGUUGUAACUUGCUGGCCAUUUUUCACGGCCUAAUUGAAUUUAAUAAAUAGGUAAAUAAGUGCUAACAAAGACGCAGCGCGCGAACUGCAUUCGGCUGGCUGGCGUGGCUCCUAUGUACACACACAGUACAUGUACAAAUGCAUUCUGCCGUCGCGGCUAUAUGCUAUGUGUUUGUGGUGCCUGUGCGAAGUUCAUAAAGAUAGCCAUUUUACACUUUGAAGCACGAGCGUGGCUUUUACGUGCAUUGCGUACGGAAAAAGAAUAGAAAAAUUUUUGAUUCGUGGUCGUUUUUUUGGGGCUCCGGGCGGCAAGGCAGCAUAAAAUCGAUUCCCUCCGGGGUGCAUCAGUGUGUGUGGUGUGCGCCAAGUGGUUUGCAUGUGUUUGUUGCAAAUGUAAGAAGAGGAAGAGGCUCACGCGCUACCCUCCCCCUUCCCCCCAAUUGCAGCCCAGAGUAUAUAAUCAAGAAAAAUAAUAAGAUUUCCUCCUGUGACCGUGAACCGAGUGAGAAAACACAAUCCGCUGCAAUCAACCGAAACUUCAGUCCAGUCCAGUGGAAUCUAAAAAAAAACAGAAGAAGAACUCCAAGAGGCAGAGCUACGUGGCAGAUGCGGAGAACCAGCAGGAGCAGUAGUUAGUUAACAGCGCCAUCCAAUCUCCUCUCUCUUAACUUCCGGAUCAAGGCGCAUUUGCCGCUGGCGGGGCGAUCAAAUGCAUAGACAACAUAUGUCGCAUCCACGAGCAGUCACUGACCAAGAGUUGCGACCCCGACCGUUCGUUGCAUACUACAUACGCUCAUAGAGGGAGCUCAUAGAGGGAUCCCGCACCCGCAAGCUAUCCAAGCGUCCUUGCACCUGCCCCUGGGGCAAGGAUCUAACCUAAGAUUGACAGGAGGAGGAGGAGCCCACAACUAGAAGCUCCACUGAGGACACAACAACGAGAAGAUGAUGAAACGCACCCGUGUCGACGAGGUGCAGUUCGGGACACGUCCCGGCCCACCCACAGCCGGUGGCGUGGGCGUGGGUGUUGUAGGCGUGGCCGGAGGAGGGCCAGCGUCAGGAAGUGGCGGGACAGCCACCGUCGGCGUUAAUACGGCGGGCGUGACAAUAGGAACCGUGGUGCCGAGUGCCCACAAUCCAAACAUCGGCAUUAGCUCGAUCCACCAUCGGAUUCUCACUCCGCAGCAUGGAGGAGCUCAGACCAUUGCCUAUCUGCCGUCCACCACACCGACGGCCACUAAUCUGAAGACUAGCUCCAUUGUGGACAGCACCACGACUGGGGGAGCAGGAGCAGUAGCCGGUACCCAGACCCAGGUGGUGGGAGGAGGCGUUGGAGCUGCCGGAGGAGCUGGCGGCGGCGGCAGCGUGGUGGUCUCCACAGGCAGUACCGGCACACAAACACUACAGUAUACCACAUCUUAUAGCGUGGCGUCCAUUCAGGCGGGUGGAACCCUCAAGCCCAGCACAGCGGACGCCUCCAAUACAGUCCAGAUCCAUGUGACUGGCGGCGGCGCCGGAGCUGCCAAUCCGGCCAGUGCCCAAACAGUAUCGAGCAGCUCCCAAACGGGCACAAUACGGCAGCGCACAAUCAGCGGCACCCAGACGGUGGCCAGUGCCGUUGGCAACCUGGCCACCAUGGCGGUCCAGCAGCAACAGCCGCCCACUCAGCAGCAGCAGCCCCCACUGGCAGCGGCCCUUACGCCGCCAGCAUCGAUAUCGGGCAAUAGUGUACCGGGUGGAGCAAGUACUCCGCCGCAGGGACAGCCGGGCAAUGCCACGCCGCGGUUGAAGGUGGAGGACGCCCUCAGCUACCUCGACCAGGUGAAGUUCCAGUAUGCGGACCAGCCGCAGAUUUACAACAACUUUCUCGACAUCAUGAAGGAGUUCAAGUCGCACUGCAUCGACACCCCGGGAGUGAUUGAGCGCGUCUCCACGCUGUUCAAGGGCCACACCGAGCUGAUCUACGGCUUCAACAUGUUUCUUCCGCCCGGCUACAAGAUCGAGAUCCACUCCGAUGCGCUAGGAUGCUCGGUGCCGGUGGUAUCGAUGCCCUCGCCCCCGGGAGCACCGUCCAGCACCGGGACUGUGCACAUGCUGACUGGAAGCAGCCCAAUGGCAGCUGCCGCUGGUCAUGUCGCCAUCAAGACAACGAAUGCCGCCACCCUGACACCAGCACCAGGACCUGGUGGCGCUGUGGCCUCGGCUGCGGCCGUGGCGCAGAUUCAGUCUGCGGGAGCCGUCAAUCUGAUGACCCAUGGCGGAGCAUCGUUGAGCCAGACCACAAUCCAUGCCUUGCAGCACCAGGCGACGCCCCCACAGGCCCAAUCCCCCGGCGGCGGUCAUGUCCACGUCAGUGUCACCAGUGCGGCAGCGCCAGCGGGAGGAGUUCCUGGCCAACAGCCCCCAGGCAUCUCAGUGUCGGCGCACAAUGUGCCCCAGAACUACUCGAGGGAUCGGGAUAGAGCCACUAUCACGCCCACGGGCCAGGUGGCGGGAGGAGCAGCGGGCGUUCCGAAUGCUGCUGCCAGUGUGGUGGUCGGUGGUCCGCCCACUCCCAACUCCCUGAACGAGCUGAGUCCCCAUGGAGGAGCACCGGGAGCGGCCCAGCACAAUCUGCAUCAGAUCCAGCAGGCGCAUCAGUCGAUCCUCCUGGGCGAGACGGGCCAGCAGAACCAGCCGGUGGAGUUCAAUCACGCCAUAACCUAUGUAAAUAAGAUCAAGAACCGUUUCCAAAACCAGCCGGCCAAGUACAAGAAAUUCCUGGAGAUCCUCCACGCCUACCAGAAGGAGCAGAAGGGCAUGAAGGAGGGCAGCCUCAACCAGGUGAAGAUGCUCACCGAGCAGGAGGUCUACACGCAGGUCGCCAAGCUCUUUGGCCAGGACGAGGACUUGCUGCGGGAGUUUGGGCAAUUCCUUCCGGAUGCCACCAAUCACCAGUCCGGGCAGUACAUGUCCAAGGCGGCCGCGGUCCACAAUGAUCAUGGCAAGCGACCGACGGCAACGUUGAGCGGUGGUGCUCAUAUUACCAUGUCCUCGGCAUCGCCGGCGCCCAGCGGCUCACCGCUGCACUUGGGCGGUGGCGCCACAACGCUGCCGCAGAUUGACAACAGCGCCCAUGCGGCGGCCAUCGGCAACCUGUCGGCGGUGAACACCAGCGUCAGCAUCAAGACGUACAACAACAGUCAGCAGCAGCAAAACCAUGUGAUCGGUUCCGGCCUGAAUGCGGCGGCCAGGAACGACGUCCUCUACGAGAAGGACUACCAUGCUGGGCUGCAGCAGCACGCCCAUCAGCGGGGCACGGCGGGAAUUGGUGGCACUCACCUCCUAGCCGGAGCGGCCGCCGUCACCAAUCUCGGACGGCCGGGGGCGGGAGCCAAUGUGAUGGUGUCCUACGAGAAGGAGCACCGGAAUAACCACCAUGUGCAGAAGUACGUGGGACAUGCGCCCAAUCAGAACAUGUCGCACGGCCACAGCACCAAGAAGUCGCCCAGUUACGGCAUUACGUCUGUGAUUGGUUCAAUGCCGCCGCAUAUGUCGGACAACUCACUGGACCGCAGCUCGCCGGGAAUCAGCUAUGCCACGCCACCACUGGCCACCGGCCUGCAUGGCCAGCACAACUCGGGCGCCGCUUCGAGGCGGCAGGGUGACGAUGGACUGUCAUCGCACUAUGCGAGCGGAGCACCGCCGGCCAAGCGACCAAAGCCAUACUGCCGGGACGUGAGCUUCUCGGAGGCAUCCAGCAAGUGCACCAUCUCGGAUGCCGCCUUCUUUGACAAGGUGCGGAAGGCGCUAAGGAGCCCGGAGGUCUACGACAACUUCCUCCGAUGCCUGACGCUCUUUAAUCAAGAAAUUGUGUCCAAGACGGAGCUGCUGAACUUGGUCUCCCCGUUCCUCAUGAAGUUCCCCGACCUGCUGCGAUGGUUCACCGACUUUCUGGGUCCACCGGCGGGUCAGGGUGCCGGCGGUCUGAUCGACGGCAUGCCCCUGGCCGCCACUCAGCGGCAAGGAGGCGGAGGCAGCAGCAAUAGCUCUCAUGAUCGGGCCAGUGGCCAGGGAGCGGCCGAGUACGUCCAGGAUGUGGAUCUCUCGUCGUGCAAGCGUCUGGGUGCUUCGUACUGCGCCCUGCCCCAGUCCACGGUGCCCAAGAAGUGCAGUGGCAGGACAGCGCUGUGCCGGGAGGUGCUCAACGACAAGUGGGUGUCCUUCCCGACCUGGGCCAGCGAGGACUCCACCUUUGUGACGUCGCGGAAGACGCAAUUCGAAGAGACCAUCUACAGGAAUAUUCACAGAACGGAGGACGAGCGCUUCGAGCUGGACCUGGUCAUCGAGGUGAACAGCGCCACCAUACGUGUCCUGGAGAAUGUCCAAAAGAAAAUGUCACGCAUGUCCACCGAGGAGCUGGCCAAGUUCCACUUGGAUGAUCAUCUGGGAGGGACGUCGCAAACGAUCCAUCAGCGGGCCAUACAUCGGAUUUAUGGCGAUAAGUCCGGCGAGAUAAUCCAGGGCAUGAAGAAGAAUCCAUCGGUGGCAGUGCCCAUUGUCCUCAAGCGGCUGAAGGUCAAGGAGGAGGAGUGGCGAGAGGCGCAGAAGACCUUCAACAAGCAGUGGCGGGAACAGAACGAGAAGUAUUAUCUCAAGUCCCUGGACCACCAAGCCAUCAAUUUCAAGCCCAACGACAUGAAGGCCCUGCGCUCCAAGAGCCUCUUCAACGAGAUCGAAACGCUGUACGAUGAACGGCACGACCAGGAGGACGACUCAAUGGAACCGGCCGGACCGCAUCUGGUGUUGCCGUACAAGGACAAAACCAUUCUGGAUGAUGCCGCCAACCUGCUGAUCCAUCACGUGAAGCGGCAGACGGGCAUCCAGAAGCAGGAGAAGCAGAAGAUCAAGCAGAUCAUCCGCCAGUUUGUGCCUGACCUCUUCUACGCUCCCCGCCAGCCGCUGAGCGAUGAUGAGCGCGACGAUGCCUUUCAAUUUUUGGUAGAUGACAAUACGAAAAUGGACGUUGACUCGCCGGUGAGCAGCCGGACUGAGACGACGACAUCGGCGGCGACGACGACAACGACGGUGGCGAGGAAUGCCGGCAAAGGCACACCCACCGAAGUGGCAUCCUCCUCGCCGGCCCGCAGCAAUGCCAGCAGCAGUAGCGGAGUGGCGGCGACGUCCUCCUCCUCAGUGACGGGAAUCAAAAAAGAGACUGACGAUUCAAAGGCAACAAGUGGAUCUGGAGCGGCAUCAUCAUCAUCAUUAGGUGCAGCAACAACAGGACCAUCCGCAGUGUCCGCAGCAGCGGACGAUGCCACGCCAUCGACAUCAUCGGCAGCGGCAGCAGCUGCAGCGGCCGCUUCCUCCUCCGUGUCCACGACGGAGGUUAAGGCCAAGGAGGAUCCGCAUUCCACCCACAACAGAGAAGACGCCACCAGCACCAGUGCCAGCGGAGCGGCCUCGAGUCCCCGACAAGCCCAGGAUCCAGCGUCGACCAACGAUGUGGAGAUCAAGCAGGAGCACCUCUCGUCCGAUUUUGCGAAUCCCAAGCUCUUGCCGCCGCAUGCCCAAGGCCAGCAUGAAGACGAAUCCUACUCGCUGUUCUUCGCCAACAACAACUGGUAUCUGUUUCUGCGCCUGCACGCCAUCCUCUGCGACCGCCUGCACGUCAUGUACGAGCGGGCGCGCCGUCUGGCCAUCGAGGAGGAGCGCUGCCGGGUGAAUCGGCGCGAGAGCACCGCCACGGCACUGCGACUGAAGCCCAAGCCGGAUGUCCAGGUCGAGGACUACUAUCCCACCUUCCUGGACAUGCUGAAGAAUGUGCUGGACGGGAAUAUGGACUCCACCACGUUCGAAGACACGAUGCGUGAGAUGUUUGGCAUCUAUGCCUACAUAUCUUUCACGCUGGAUAAGGUCGUUUCGAAUGCCGUGCGCCAGCUGCAGUACUGUGUCACGGAGCGUGCCGCCCUGGACUGUGUGGAGCUGUUUGCCAACGAACAGCGGCGUGGGAACACAGGAGGAUUCUGCCGCGAUGCCUACAAGACCUUCGACCGGGAGAUGUCCUACCAGCGCAAGGCCGAGAACAUGAUGAACGACGAGAACUGCUUCAAGGUGUACAUUUACAAAAUCGAUUGCCGGGUAACCAUAGAGCUGCUCGACUCUGAGCCCGAGGAGGUGGAGAAGCCGGCGGUGCUGAAGGCCCAAAAGUAUAGCAAAUAUGUGGAGAGAUUGGCGAAUCCUUCAAUAGGAGGAAGCGGAGGAGGCGGAGGCGGAGGAGGUCCUUCUGGCGGAAACAACAACGAAAACACUGUCGAGUCGUCGGAUAUCAAGACCGAGGAGGAGGAAGAUAAUGCCGAGCUUGGUCGUGGAGGAGCUCAAGGGAUCGGUGGAGGAGGUCGUAAGGCGCGCUUUCUGCUGCGCAACAAGCGCCGGUCGCAGCUGCACGAGGAGCAAGUGCGUCAGUUGUUCGAACAGAAGCGACAUCGCAGCGAGCAGGUGAUAACGACAGCGCCGGCAACCACGUCGGGAGAGGCGAGUGGGGAGAAGAGCAGUUCCGCAGCAAACCCAUCGGGAAAUAACAAUAAUAACAACAGCUGGAACACCACCAGCAGUGGGAAGCGUCUGCCGGAGAGACUCGGUGCGCCGCAGGUGGGCCUGGCCGAGCAGUAUGCGUUCAACGACCGCGACGAGAUCAGCAGCAACGCCAGCAAUGGACGCUGCUUUGUGACCAGCAAGAAUCUCAAGCUACUCAAGUACGAUGCAGUGCGUCGUGCCAAGAAGAGUCAUAGUCGUGUCACCCAGGUGAAGUACUCUCGCUUCAAGACCUUCGUCAGCAAGUGGCUGCAGCAGAAUGUGAGCGAUCAGUUGCAACAGAACUGCAAUGACUGGCUCCUGGGCAGGAUGGCGGACCAGAUCAACGCCAGCGGCUGGGGAGCUGCCAGCAAAACCAAGGCAGUGCCGCAAAAGGACACCUCAAAGACGCCCUAUCGGGUCUACACCAGGUACAAGGUGGUGCCAGGAGCAGUUAGUGGCUUGACUUCAGCAGCAAAUGGCGCCGGAGCUGCUCCGACAUCCAACUCCACGGCUCCGACGCCUGGUGCGGCAACAGCGGUGGCCACUGUGUUGGCAUCCUCGGCAGUAUCAUCCUCGACAUCCUCCUCCCACCCGGCCACCAAUAGCAUUGCCGACUCGACGACCUCCAGUGCGACACCCCAACAGCAGCAUUGCAACAGUGCGGCGGCAGCAGCAGCGGGGGCAAACGCCAAUGCGGAGGCACUGCAGCAGGUGCGUCCGAUGGAGAGCUAACCGGCAACCAUAACUUGGUCGGAGGCAGCAUUCACAUGACGUUGAGAGACCGUAAAGGAUCGAGGGAAUGCAAAGGAAAUUUAUUUUAAAAUGUGAUACCAGUUCCUGGACAGCGAACCGUCUGUUGCAGGCCUCGGCUUUACAUUGGAAACUGGACAUUGGAUAUUUUUGAACGAAAAAGAGAAACGAGGAACGCGAGAAAGCUUCAUUUUGUACAAAAAGUCAUUUACUCUUAGGUGUUUUUCUCCGAAAUAGGAAUUUUAUAGCCGUACACACUUUUUGCUUAACAAUUAAAAUUAAUGCGCUUUAGCAUUAGUGUCUUAUCGAUAGGAAACCAGACAACCUUACUAUGCAAUCGCAAGCCCCGUAAUAAGUCAAAUAUAUUAUAUAUUUUAUAGAGUUUUGUGCACUAAAAACCAAGAUAAAGAAACACGAAAUAGAAACCGAAACCGAGACAGUUGUGCUAGUUAUUAGGAGCCUCUUAGGACACAUGUCAUGUCUGUUUAGGUUUAGUUUUUUAAGGAUUUUUAUAAAACACCUUAGCACUUUUACUUUUACAUAGAUGUAUCGUAUUUUUUAUACAAAAUCAAACAACAAACAAACAAAAAACAAAAACACCCACAACACACCCACACACAAAACCUUGUACAAUUCCUUGUGAAUACUAUUGAUUAUAUUUUUAGGCAUUAAGGUCAUAAUCUUAAGUUGUAAAAACCUAAAAUCAGAUUAAAACAAAAAGUUUAUCAAAAGUGAA